AUGCAGGACAGCACAAUCACCAAGCUCACCAUACUCGACAUCCUGGAUCUAAUCCCCGCACUCGCUUCCAUUGUGGCAGUCGGCAUUUUUUCUGCCCUGACUGGCGUUGCUCGCAGCCACAAAGACCCCCCCAGUCUGCAUCUUCACAUUGCGUAUGCGAUGUUGCGUAAAGCUACCGCCCGGCUUACACCUCUGCAACUUCAGUUGAUCUCGCCUUUGACCGAUGUGGUGUACGAGCAGUAUGCGCGGUCCGUCAAGAUCAAGGCGCAGACUGUAGACUUGGGAAACGGAGCGCAGGGCCACUGGCUGGGGGAUAGGGAUGCCAAGAAUGUCUUGAUUUGGUAUCAUGGCGGCGGCUUCUGCCUUGCCGCAAACAAAGGAUACUUUGCGUUUCUAGACAGCCUCGUCGCCUCCUCCAGACAGUCAAACAAAGACCUCGCCGUCUUUGUGCUCACCUACACGCUCGCACCCGGAGCAGCCUACCCAACGCAACUCACCCAGGCUGUCUCCGCCCUCCGCUACAUCCUCAAGCAGACUAGACGCAAACCAUCACAAGUCGUCAUAGGAGGCGACUCUGCAGGCGGCAACAUGGUCAUGGGCGUCCUUUCCCACCUUGCCCAUGUACACCCUGCCAUCCCGGAACUGAAAAUCACCGAGCCACUGCUUGGCGCCAUUGGGAUUGCGCCGUGGACGUUGAUGGGGCAAGAUCAUAGCAAGCGCGAGAUCUACCACGGUGGUGAUCUCGUUACCCCUGCGGUGGAUUUGCUGUGGUCGACGGCCUUCCUUGCCGGUGCGGCUCAAGAUUACUUUACCAGUGUGUCUGAUGCGCCAAAGAGCUGGUUUGAAAAGUUUCCCGUCCGGCAGGUCCUUAUUUGCGGGGGGGGGAGUGAGAUUAUGUUGCCCGUGAUUGAGGAUUUGGCUGAAAAGCUCCAGGCGGCACUUCCAAACGUCCAACUGUUUGUAGGUGAGCGCGAAGGCCACGUAGCUCCCGUAUACAACAUCUACGUGGGAGACAGAACAGAGACGCAGCAGGGUAAAAAGAUCAAGGCAUGGCUGAGAGACGUGUUGUAG